AUGUCGUCGUUCAAGUGCCCGUCUGACCUCUCCGGUGGCCUCUAUUUCCGCACCGGAAAGCGUAUCCAAUUCGAGGCGGAACAUACCUUCCCCGUCGUCGAGCAGAGGCUUGGUGCUGAGGUGGCACGGUGCGCUUGUGCUCCUCCAGCCCUCGUUGACGAGGUCGUGAAGGAGGCCAAGACCGCUCAAAAGGAAUGGGCCAACCGAACCCCACUCGAGCGUGGAAAGGUCCUCAGGAAGGCUGCGGAAAUUAUCCGCGAGCACCACGAAGACAUCGCUCGUUGGGAAGUUCGUACAAAUGGCAAGCCUCUUGUUGAGGCUCGCAUUGACAUCGACUACAGCGCUGACACGCUCGAGUAUUACGGUGGUAUUGCACCCGCCGUCUUGAAGGGAGACUACUUGGACAUCCCCGGCGGUGGUGCUAGCCGUUUUGCUUACACUCGUCGCGAACCGCUCGGAGUAGUCGGAUGCAUUGGGGCCUGGAACUACCCAUUCCAGACCUGCGUCUGGAAGGUCGGCCCUGCGCUAGCUGCUGGUAACGCCGUAGUCUACAAACCAUCUCCAUUCGCCCCAGCUUCGCCAGUCCUUCUCGGAGAGAUUCUGACCGCUGCCGGACUCCCUGAUGGAAUUUACACUGUUGUUCAGGGUGAAGCCGAGACCGGAGAAGCACUGUGCACCAACGCCGGUGUUAGCAAGCUAUCCUUCACCGGCUCGGUCGGAACCGGAUUGGCCGUUCAGAGGAAUGCUGCUGUUAAUACGCUGAAGCCGUGCACACUCGAACUUGGAGGCAAGAGCGAAUUGAUCAUCUUCGACGAUGCCAACCUGGACAAUGCAGUCAACUCGGCCAUGAUGGCAAACUUCUUCAAUCAAGGCCAGGUGUGCACCAACGCCACUCGCGUUUUCGUCCAGCGCGGAAUCUUGGAAAAAUUCACUGAGGCCCUGCUGAAGGCUUGCGACGAGAAGCUGAAAGUCGGUGACCCAUUGAACGAGGAAACCCGCGUGGGAGCCAACAUUAAUGAGUUCCACAUGAAGAAAAUCCUGGGAUUCAUCGAGAGUGCCCGUGCUGAGGGUGGCCAAGUUCUUCGUGGUGGAGUCCAAGUGCACCCAGAAGGUGUUGAGAAUGGCUAUUACAUUGACCCAGCCGUCGUCACCGGCCUGACCGAUGAGGCCAAGGCCGUCAGGGAAGAGAUCUUUGGCGCUUGCAUGAUUAUUCUGCCCUUCGAGACUGAGGAGGAGGCCAUUGCUCGCGGCAACAACACUACUUUCGGCUUGGCUGCUGGAGUCGUCACCGGUGAUCUUGCCCGCGCACACCGUGUCGCCGCUCUCCUUGAGGCCGGAUCCGUCUUCAUCAACACCUACAAUGACUGCGAGGUGAACGUGGACUUCGGCGGUUUCAAGAACUCCGGCCACGGCCGCGAAAACUGCAUCGAUGCCCUGAAGGCGCAUACCCAGACCAAGGCUGUCUACGUCAACCUUGAUGCUUCCUCCACCGCUUAU